CUAACUGUCUUCAUUUGCUUUACUGUCCUGGCACAAAUAAAUUCACUACCACAGCACAGGUUCAUUUGGGACAUUUGAACUUUAGAUGCAUUACGGAUUACCAGCUUUUCUAUCUCUAAAUUACAAAUGUCUGGACGCGAUGAGUGACGUUUCAUUCUGAGUCAGAAUACAAAAGCACUAAAGACGUCCGUUCAUUUUCAAAAUUGAAAUCUCUCCUCCAGAAAUGGAUUCCAUUCAGUAUGAUCAAUUUGGUACAUCUGACAUUGAAAGUAACCACAGUCGGAGGAAAAUCAUCCCACAAAGAGGUAUGCAGAGCAGGGUGGUUCAUCUCCUGUAUGGUGUCUUGGUGCUUCUCCUGUUGAUACUACUGCUGAUAACUGGACUUAAAUACCCAGCUACUAUCAUCCAUAACUAUUAUGAUGAAUUCCAGCUUCCAGUGAGAGGAACUUGUAGUGAAGAAUGGUGGUCCUUCCAGGAUAGCUGCUACCUGGCAUCAAAAAGGAAGCUCAACUGGAACAGUGCAGAGGAAAAAUGUAUUGAGCUGGGAGCACACCUGCUUGUUCUUAACAGUGAGGAUGAGCUGGACUACAUCUCUCAAGUGAUUGAUGCAGAAAAGAGAUACUGGGUUGGGCUUGUGGAGAGAGCACAAGAGGGCCACUGGACCUGGGUGGAUGGAACUGACUACAAAUCAACUCCACACUUCUGGGAUAAAGGGCAGCCAGACGACUGGCAGGUUGGUGUGAUUGGAGAGGACUGUGGACAGCUUCAUAACGGUCCACACAGACGACGCAAGCUUUGGAAUGAUGCAGAUUGCAACCUAAUGUACAAUUACAUCUGUGAGUCAAAGGGGAAAUGAGAAACAGAAGACCCAUGCUUGCCAUUGACACAUGAGCUGUAAGCUAUGCCAGAGCUGCACAACUGAUUAAACAUGACAGUCUCAAGAUACAGGAGAAAGGAUGGAUUUCUUUCAGUGACUGUACAACAAUCACAAAUUAUGGUAUUGAGCAUAAAAAACACACAGUGUAUAACGUGAGCUUAUUCACAGAAUAAAGUUUAAUUAAACCUUGGUA